ACAGAAGAAGAAGCGGUGCUCUGCAGAGAUGUGAACAGGAACAGUGAAAGUAGCUAGAGUAGAGGCUGCAAAAUCCUCAUUAUUUUAGGUGUUGGAAGUUAAAAUAGCUGCUAUUGCAAAGAGUAAAGCUUUGUGCACUGCUAGCUUGGCAUUAUACCUGAUAAAAAAGGCAUGUUUACCUUUUUCAGAUGUUGCAUUUUACCUGCUAUCAAGCUUUAUUGGUUGGGCUUCAGGGUCCUUCUUGGUCAACUUCUCUGCAAAACUUUCAAACUACCAGAGAUGCCCCGACAGGAGGGGAAGGUCGCCAUAGUGACGGGAGGAGGCAGGGGCAUUGGUUUUGAGGUGGCUCUGCACUUGGCUGGACUUGGGGCUCAUGUGAUCAUUGGCGGGAGGGAUGAGCAGCAGGGUCUGGCUGCUGUUGCGAGGAUCCGUGAAGUACACAGAGAGGCCAAAGUUGAAUUUCUGACUCUGGACUUGGGCUCUCUGCAGUCAGUCCGCCAUUUUGUUCAUAGCUUCAAGAACAGACACCUACCACUAAACAUCCUUGUCAACAAUGCGGGUAUAAUGCUGGUUCCCGAGGGUCGUACUGAAGAUGGAUUUGAGCUGCAUUUUGGAGUGAAUUACUUGGGCCACUUCUUGUUAACGUGGCUUCUCUUGGAUAACCUAAAGCAGUCUGGGACGUCUGAUUGUUUCUCACGAGUGGUUAAUGUCUCCUCUUCAGCCCAUCGCAUUGGAGAAGUCCAACUCAAUGACCUCAAUAGCAGCGAGUAUUAUUCAGCCCACGCUGCGUACUGCAGCAGUAAACUGGCCCUGCUGGUGUUCAGUCUACAGCUGCAGAGAGUGCUCCGAGCUGGAGGGUCCCCUGUGAGCUCGUGUGCUGUGGACCCCGGGAUGGUGCACACGGCCCUGUACCAGCACAUGUGGGCACCUCUGCGUCUGGCACAAGGCACCAUCGCACAGCUGCUUUUCUGGACUCCUAAACAGGGUGCUGCCACGGUCUUGUACACCGCUCUAUCACCAGCGCUGGAGCGGGGGCGUGCGGAAGACUACUGGGUCAAUGGACGCAGGCAGAUGACAUCACCCGUGACCUUUCAUCCCCAACUGCAGCUAAGCUUAUGGGAAACCACCAUGCAAUUGCUAGGUCUGCAGUAGCACCGGCCUAACCGAAGUGGGCAACCCUUAUAGACUCCACUCUAAGAUGAAAGCAUCAAAGAAAAAUAAAGACUUUUGACCCAGAACAACCAGCCACUUUCACCCUCUAGCCCCUUCAUCUUUUGUUACUCAUAGCUCAUGCUGACAUACUGUAUAUUGCCAUCUGAAAUCCAAAAAUGUGAUGGCUAUAGGCAAUGCAUAAGACUAUUUGUUGCAGACUCGCCAAAGAAGGGCUAAGGGUGAUUGAAGACAGCUCUGUUUUCCACUGUGAGCACUAAAUAUCAAGUAGGCACUCAAGGUCUAUAUCACCGUCAGUAGUUAUAGCUGCCAUACAUACUUAGGACCAACAUUCAUUUGUAGAAGUCUAACCAGAUAAAUGAUUUUACUGCUGAAAAAGCUGCACUCACUCUGCCUUAAAAUCAAUACUAAGGAUUUUAGGUUUUAUUUUAGAGGUGCAAUCAGAAAUCUAGAUUAGGUAAAGCUGCAUUUUGAAAACAGGGGACAUUAGGCAUCCAGUUAUUUUUGUCCACGUAUGAAUUUAAUGAGUUCUAUCGAAGCCUCAAUCUCAGUACUUUGACAUAUCUCUCAGUUUAUAAUCAUUUAGCCUAGAGCACUCUAUCAUUACUUAAAACAAUGGGAUUUGGAGUCUAGUUUUGAACAAAGAAUGGUUUAAUUUUACUUAAACAUCAAAACAAAAAAAAACUCUUAAAAAUAAUAAUAAAAAGAAGAGAAACUAAAAAGAAAAAAAAGGUCCUAUCUUUCAAUUGGAUGGGGGUUUGUCUUCUUUCCAAUAAGCUAUAAACCCAUUUUUAUUAUGUCAGUUAUAUAGAAUGAUUCCCAAUUGUCCAUGGCCCAUAUUUAAACUUUGAAAUGUUCAAAAGAAAAAACUCAAUUUAUUUAAGAUUGGAUAAGAACGCCUCAAUUUGUGCUCACCAGUGCCAUGACAAAAAGAACUCUUUGCGGUCAACAGGGGUUUUGAAGAGUAUUCCCAUGGCAGAUUAGCCUUAAUAAUUCCCCAUAUUAAGAUAUACGCCAUUGAUCUGGUGAUUAACGUGUUAAAAUAUUUGCACACACAUUUGUUAGUUUUUUCACUCGUAAAAACAAAAGAAUGCACUGUAAAAACCCCACUUCAAUUCACGCCAUAUUACGCUCGAUGGAAAUCAUUUUGUGAUGUUUGAUCUACAGAUAUCUCAAGAAGACCAUUACACAGUGAUAGUGAGCACAAAAACAAGCAUUUCUAGGGGCAAAAUACGCUGUUUUCUUUCUGAUUGGCCGCUUAUUAUUAUCGCCACUUCCUCGUUUGGCGCAGCUCCCAGUGCAUUGUGGGAUUGAGAUUUCCCCAGUGGUGAGAAUCUAACUCCAUCUGCUGAGCUGACACACAGUACAUCCAGGCGAAAGGCUUAUCUAAACACGCACAGAGCAAACAAAGGCUUGUGUUCUUCUCAUGCAGGGCUCUCACAGACUAUAGCCUGCCAUCAUAAAAUACAUCUCCACUGUGAGUUACCAUUCGGCUGUGACGAUGAUGCAGGAGUUUUAUCUUGAAGCAUUAGCUCAAAAUCCUCUCCCCUUCAUAAGUAAUGCGCUGCUUUUAAAACUGCCACUCAGCAUCUAAACCUGCCAUACAUGAAGCAAUAGUAUCACUGUGCUCAGAGCAAGGUGUUGUGGGUAGGCAGUAAACUAAGUGUACAAUUCAAAAUGAUACCAGCCACAAGCUAUUCAUUCAUUAGUGUGCCAUAUAUGAAAGCCAGUAUUUCACAAAUGAUGGGUUGGGACCAAAAGAGGGUGUUUGUAAAGGUCAAAAUGGUUUUAAUAUUCAGCUUAAAUGAAUACUAAAUUUGGGUCAUACAUUAUAUUAAACUAUUCCAAAUACAAGUGUCAUGACAGACCUGAAGCCAUUUAGAAAAAAAAUGAGGUCACAAUAUAAUGAUCAUUUGGCCCGAAGGGUGUAGCUGCUAUGGAAAUGAUGUAGGGUUGUGGAGUGAAUGAAAUGGACUUGGAAAUUGUGAAUUGAAUCUGAUCCAUAAUUCAAAUUCGGUUCCACAUUGGACUAGCUUAUAUAAUGCAUUGGAAAUCAUUACAACAAUCAUAACAGCAGUUCAAGAACCAUAUAGUCCAAAUAUGUAUGUUAAAAAUGAUAAUGUUCUGAUCAGUUUUGUUAUUCAGUUUGCACACUAAAAACUCAACAAAAUAUACAAAGGUAUGAUUUUUAAAUGCUGCAAAUGUAGAGGUAGUAAUCUAAAACCUAGAUGUUAUAUUGAUUAGGAAACCAGCACUUGUCGAAAACAGCUGUCUGGUCAGGAAUAAACUGCUACAGAGCAUAAAAAAUCUAACUUUCACAUCAUUGUUUUUGAAAAUAUGCUGGUGUGUGUGGUCUGAAUACCAGCCUCUCAGUCAAAUCCUUUGUGUUUUGAGCUGUUUUGGAUAAUGUUAAUUGCUCUUUUUCUCUGCAUGGCUCCCCCUAUAAACAACAUCAAGAACUGAACAACCCAGUCCUCAUCUGGAUUGCAACUACAUCAAAUCAACACCAGCUAAAAACACUGAAUAAGAAAACAUUAUACUGGACAAAACAAGUGAGGAAUUUUCCAAGAAAUCAAUGGUUUUCUGAUCAGAUUUGGGACAAUGCAGUGAACUUCUUGAACUUGAAUCUCAAUUAUAAAAAGAGCCAAAACUGCUCUUGUAAUUGUCUGUAGUAAUGUUUGUGUGUGAAUUUUCAUGUCAUUUCAAGUCACCGCUAAUGUUAAGCAGUGGCAUAUGUACUGUAUGUAGAAUGGAGAAGCUCUAAAUAGCCAUUUUUCUGACAGACUUGGGACGACGUUUAUAUUAAAUGUCAAAGCCUCAAGUUGUGCAAAUCCAAACUAUAUGAGUGUAUAGGAAGAGAAAGACCAUAUAUAAAAAUGCAUACGGGAUUGACGUCAGAUGCCCUGAAAACCCACUGUAAACAUUUGGGCCAUCUGGGCUCCUUGUAGAUUCCUGAAAAUGUGGAAGAUGUUUUAUUUUUAUGAUUAUUGUUGUCAAAAUUCAACACAUGUUAUUAUUGCUUUUGCUGUGCCUAAAGAAAAUCUCCCUCCUUAAUGUGUACCGGUGAAUUUUUCCAUGUAGAUAAAAGCUUGUAGACAACUGUGAUAGUGUCUUGUCCUGUGCAUUGCUGUUAGUUUUUCCUCUUCUUCUCGGCGGUGCGGAGUGUGUGUGGCGGGGGAGAGAGUGUUUGACUAGAUAAGGGACGCCAUGUUUUUUGUCAAUGGUUGUGACAUUCCAGCAGCAGACACCUUUUUCUAAGUAUCCAAAGCCUCUCAAUAAACAUAUCAUUGUGCC